GUGCGCUAUGCCUUUAACGCCCGCGUACAGUAGACGGUAUAGUGGAGUGUAGGGAAACUCUAGGCGGGGUUAAAGUUCAGCCCAUGGAGCGGCAAUAGCGCUGGCUGGCUGCAGUUGAGCCGAGUUGGAAAUGUGAACGCAAGAAGCAGGCUUGAUUUUUUUUUCUUCCCCCCUCCUCUCCCUCUCUCUCUUCUCUUUCUCUCUCCUCUCUCUUCCUCUCUCCCUCUCUCUCCUCUCUCACCCACACUCACGCACACCUCCAAACCGCACACCCAGACGCACACGCACACCCCACCGCCCGGCAGUUAUGUAUUCUCCGCUCUGUCUCACCCAGGAUGAAUUUCAUCCUUUCAUUGAAGCACUUCUGCCGCACGUCAGAGCCUUUGCCUACACAUGGUUCAACCUGCAGGCCCGAAAACGAAAAUACUUCAAAAAACACGAAAAGCGUAUGUCAAAAGAAGAAGAGAGAGCCGUGAAGGAUGAAUUGCUAAGUGAAAAACCAGAGGUCAAGCAGAAGUGGGCAUCUCGACUUCUGGCAAAGUUACGGAAAGAUAUCAGACCUGAGUACCGAGAGGAUUUUGUUCUUACAGUCACAGGGAAAAAGCCUCCAUGUUGUGUUCUGUCCAACCCAGACCAGAAAGGCAAGAUGCGAAGAAUUGACUGCCUCCGCCAGGCAGAUAAAGUCUGGAGGUUGGACCUUGUUAUGGUGAUCUUGUUCAAAGGUAUUCCGCUGGAAAGUACUGAUGGCGAGCGCCUUGUAAAGUCCCCGCAAUGCUCUAAUCCAGGGCUCUGUGUCCAGCCCCAUCACAUAGGGGUCUCUGUUAAGGAACUCGAUUUAUAUUUGGCAUACUUUGUGCAUGCAGCAGAUUCAAGUCAGUCUGAAAGUCCCAGCCAGCCAAGUGACGCUGACAUUAAGGACCAGCCAGAAAAUGGACAUUUGGGCUUCCAGGACAGUUUUGUCACAUCAGGUGUUUUCAGUGUGACUGAGCUAGUAAGAGUGUCACAGACACCAAUAGCUGCAGGAACUGGCCCUAAUUUUUCUCUCUCAGAUUUGGAAAGUUCUUCAUACUACAGCAUGAGUCCAGGAGCAAUGAGGAGGUCUUUACCCAGCACAUCCUCUACAAGCUCCACGAAGCGACUCAAGUCUGUGGAGGAUGAAAUGGACAGUCCUGGUGAAGAGCCAUUUUACACAGGCCAAGGACGCUCUCCAGGGAGCGGCAGUCAAUCCAGCGGAUGGCAUGAAGUGGAGCCAGGAAUGCCAUCGCCAACCACACUGAAGAAGUCGGAGAAGUCUGGUUUCAGCAGUCCCUCCCCUUCGCAGACAUCCUCUCUGGGAACAGCCUUCACACAGCAUCACCGACCCGUCAUCACAGGACCCAGAGCAAGUCCACACGCGACACCAUCGACUCUCCAUUUUCCAACAUCACCCAUUAUCCAGCAGCCUGGGCCUUAUUUCUCGCACCCAGCCAUCCGCUACCACCCUCAGGAGACGCUGAAAGAGUUUGUCCAACUUGUCUGCCCUGAUGCUGGUCAGCAGGCUGGACAGGUGGGGUUCCUCAAUCCCAAUGGGAGCAGUCAAGGCAAGGUGCACAACCCAUUCCUUCCCACCCCAAUGUUGCCCCCACCACCACCACCACCGAUGGCCAGGCCUGUACCUCUGCCGGUGCCAGACACAAAGCCUCCAACCACAUCAACAGAAGGAGGGGCAGCCUCCCCCACCUCACCAACCUACUCGACACCCAGCACCUCCCCCGCAAACCGAUUCGUCAGUGUUGGACCACGGGAUCCAAGCUUUGUAAAUAUCCCUCAACAGACACAGUCCUGGUACCUGGGAUAAAAGUUGCAGCAUCCCACCAUCCACCAGACAGACCACCUGACCCCUUCUCAACUCUGUAACAUGGACGCAACCUCAACCCAGCGCGGUUACAACUUCACUGUCAGUGGAAGGGGAGAACAAAAACAAAACAAAACAAAAAAGCCGAUUUGAAUCAACUUGUACAUGGAAACAAGCAAAGCAUUAUGGUCCAACAGCAAAGGCCAUAAUCUUUUGGGAUUUUUUUUUUUAAUACUUUAGGGACUGUGGUCAUUUCUCAUAUGGUGCUGGAAAUGGUUGAAGGCUCUGUAGCAUUUGAAGUGUUUCGGUGGUGGUAUGAGCAGUCGGGUUAUGUGGCUGGCAAGGUCUGCGCUAGCUCACUGACACACUUCCCCUUGCUGCGGAGUCUGGCCGUUUCACAGUAUUUCAUGAAUUUACCCACACAGGUGUGAUCCUCCUUGAGUUCCUUCAGGAGGUUCUUGGAGAACUAAAUCUUUUGUAGUAGCUGAGAUCUGCAAUAUCUAACUUACGGGACAGUCAAAGGGCAAUGUUUUUCUGUAACAUAUUGGAAAAAGAAAACGCAGUUAACGUUCCUUUCUGAUUUUCUUUUACUUUGGUUUGGUUCAGCAAGUCCGCAGUUAAAGUGUUAACGUGGCCAAGGACAAUGAAUCCACUCACAUUGCAGAACAAUUCCGAAAAUGGCAAACUACUACGACGAUUCAGUUUUGUUUUUAAGUUUGGAAAUGCUGCACUUACAUUAAAAAAAAAAAAAAGCAUUUUUUUCAACAAUUUCAACAAUGACACACAAAAAAUCACAUGGAAAUGGGGAAGAUGGUCUGUUUUGACAGAAACUGACAGGAAUCAAUCAAAACAAUCGAAUUUUGAAUUGAGUGAAGUGCAAUUUCAUUGGAUAGCUAAAUAUCUUUGUAAGAUAGAGAUUGUUGAAAAUUCUAUUUUUGUUUUUCAAGUCCUUCCACCCCAGGACUCUAAAUUAUUGGGGUAAAAAAAAACAGCCUUGCAAGAAAAAGGGGAGCUAUUUUUGCUUUUUAUGUUUUUUAUUGUUAAACUUGU